AUGAUCAAAACCUGGGCUUCAUUAACGUGGCUACUAGCUUCCGUCGCCACCGUGGCUGCGUACCAGGUGGCGCUUGCCCCCGACUUUGGCGGCCACUGCGUCUACAUCAGUGGCAGUGACCACAGCUUCAUCCAGGUGAAUCGCGCCGGCCAGAAAGGCCCGUUUGCCGCCGUGGUGUUCCGCCAGGACUUCGCUGACCAGUUGGGUCUCGAUUACAACCAGUACAUGCUCGAUUACGCUGCUGGUAACGUCGAACAGUACUUGGGCCCUGCGGGCAAAUUUAAAUACACCACCGAGCUGGACCAGUUUGCCCCCACUUUUAACGAUAUCAUUACCUCUGAUGUUAACAAUGUCGAGAUUCCCAUCACGGAACUGCUGCACUGGUGUGUGUUUGUGGGCCCCUUAGAUGGCGGCCUCGAAGUGAAAGUGCGCAACCCCUGGGGCUACUUGGCGGCGUGGGAGUACCAGCUGAUCCCCAUCUUCUGGGCCCGGUGGGUGAUGUACGUCGUCGCCCUCGCCGUCUACAUCAACGCUCAGCGGUACUACCCGAAGCCGCUGCUGAUCUCCUACGGCGCCAUCAAAUAUAUCCUCAUUCCGUCUUUUAUCGGUAUGGCCUUUAAUAUCGGCGUCAUGUACAUCCGCAACGUGUUCUGGCUCCCGCUUGCCAUUACUCCCCUCGUGCUGAAUCUCGAGUGGUUAGUAGUGGGGUUAUUCUCUUUAUGGCACCGCUACUGCUGGUGGCUUGUCGCCUUAGGGUGGGGUACCCUUUAUACUAGUACCGAUAUCCCCGGCCAAACCACGGCCAAGGGCUUCACGGUGGCCCAGGCCUUGGUGUUCCUCAUCCAGCUGCCGUGGGUGUACGACUUCGCCCAGCUCCGCAUGCUUGUCGAGUUCCACCACCGCGAGUUGAUUGCCGGCCACUCUUUCUACGACUUCACGCGGUUUUUGGACUACUUCCUCGCCUCCAUCGCCACGUUCUUGUUUGCUAAGAGCUACUGGGACACGAGAAACCAGGUGGUCGUCCCCAAGGUCGACGCCGGCGCCCAGGUGCUGUUCCUGAUGUCGGUGGUGCUCGUGGUGUUGGCGAUGUUCCAGACGGUGUUUGGCAUCCUAAACUACUUGGGCAUCUUGUCGGUGUCGCAAGCGUACUUGCAGGUGAUCACUGAAAGAAGCAACGGCUACACCAUGUUCCAGAUUCUCCGCUUCUUCGAGGACUUCCCCACUUUCCUCGAGUUGCUUGUGAUAUACGUGCUUUGGGUGCGUCCUAACCGCGGGUUGUUGGCCACUAAGGCCAUGGCUUGA